UAAUGAUCAUAUUAUUUAUAUUCAUAGGGAUAGUGAAAUCAGAUAGCCCAGGAACAAUCCUUUGCAAUACAUAUUUUUCAGAGCAAUUAUGUGAAGAUCCUGGAUAUUGUUAAUGGGAUGGAUCAAUUUGUUAACCUUAUACUUAAAAUACAGAUUGUUAUAGAAUAGAUGAGGCUGGGGCUUGUCGAGAGAAUGGAAUUUAUUCAUCAUUAGGCGGAUCAGGAUUAUGUGAACCUUUGGAUGUAUUAGAGAACGAUUACAAAAAUGUUUGUGGUAUCACAAAUAUAGUUGAUGAUGAGUUUAUUCGAUAUCCAAUUAUAAAAACUGGAUUUUCUACUCAUUCUUUAUCAGGUUUAACAGUUACAUAAUUAAAAAUAUCAGCACCUUAAUAUAAUUAUAUAUAUUAAGUGUUAAGUGUAAAUUUAUAGAUAGCAAAAAACCCAGAUUUACAAGCAAUUUUAGAUUUAUAUAAAACAUACGAGGCAGAAUUAUUAAAGAAUUCUAUUCAUCCAUAUUAAAUAGAGAAACCUUUGGUUUAGACUUUAUAAAAUUUAAGAGAUGAUACAGUAACUUUAUUGCCAGAUAAACAAAACACUUUUAAAAAGUUUUGGAUAUUAGCGGAAAUUUAUCUCAAGAGAUUGUAAACCCAUAAGCAGAACUAUUAAUCUUACAAUUAUUUUUUAAAUUUUUUGUAAGUACCUUUUUCUAGACUUUUUUUGACUUUACAUAAAAAAAGCCAUAUAAUAACAAUAAGUUGGACUAAAUAUAAGAAAAAUGGAUUGAUAUAACUUAUAUCUUAUUCUCCUAAAAUAGUAGGAAUAACAAAUGCUUUGAGUGAUGUGAUUUUUUUAAAUAUUUUGAGUUUGGAGGGAACUGUAUAUAUGGAUAUCGAAGAUAUGAAAGUUUCAUACAUAUAGAAAUCUGGUACAUUAAGUAAUGUAGUGAGAAAGAUGAAGUUUAUCAGUGAUAAAACAUAAAUUCCUCAUAUAUUUGAGACAAAUGUUAUAAAUUCUGCAGUAUGCAAUUCAGUUAUGAGAGAAUGUGAAUAUAGUCUACAGUCCCCUCUUUAACAAGGCACAUUUGCGUUUUAUUUAGAGUAAUGAGGAAAAAAUGAUUUUUUAUUUGAUUUUAUAUAAUUCAUACAUUGCGAU